AGCGCCUUCUCGGGGGUGGAAGCCUGCCCUUCCCCGCCGGGAUGCUGCCCGUCCCUCUAGUGCUCUGGGGCUCGGAAUGGCAGCGGUGGAAGGGCUGAGAGCUCCGUGGCUGCAGGGAAGCCCCUCUGGCCCGGCGGGCCCGCCUCGCCGCCUCCGCUAGCAGCCGUGUUGCGUGCCCGGCUGCUUCGGCACCGGGGCAGCUCAGCCGUCGCUCUCGCAGCGGCCGGCGGCUCCGUUCAUCGUGGGCUCGCGUGUAAAUAAGGCGCUGAACCUCGUUGGGAACACCGAGGAUAAGUUCUACCUGAAGUUGACUGUAUCAAGUGCAAGAGAUUUCCUCUGUAGCAUGUCUAGUUAAAGAUGGAAAUUCUCACUGUGGACCAGCAGAUCCCACUUCUGUGAGUGGAUUUAUCCUGGAAUGCUGAGGACUUGUGUAUAGACGUAGUUGGAACUUCAGGACCUCCAAGUCAACUAAUGCAAGACUCUGUGCUAAAAGAUUGAAUAUCAACAAUGCAAGGGAUAAUCCGAUCUGUGGAUGCCAUCCUGGAGCAAGUAUGACAUGAGUUGCGCUGGAAACAGAAGAUAGAGGGAGUGUAGGAGCUCGCCAUCUCCAAGCGAUCUACAUUGGGAAAAACAUGGAGUCCGCUCCGGCAGCCCCCGAUCCAGCAGCCAGCGAGCCGGGCAGCAGCGGCUCCGAGGCGGCCGCCGGCGCCAGGGACGCCCCGGUGAACCUGGAGCCCGCCCGGAAAGGCGAUGCGCCGGCUCCGGUCCGCAGGCAGAGCUACUCCAGCGGCGGCGGCAGAGGUAUUUCUGUAACAAAGAAGACUCAUACAUCUCAAAUUGAAAUUAUUCCAUGCAAGAUCUGUGGAGACAAAUCAUCAGGAAUCCAUUAUGGUGUCAUUACAUGUGAAGGCUGCAAGGGCUUUUUCAGAAGGAGUCAGCAAAGCAAUGCUACGUACUCCUGUCCUCGUCAGAAGAACUGUUUGAUUGACCGAACCAGUAGAAACCGCUGCCAACACUGUCGAUUACAGAAAUGCCUUGCUGUGGGGAUGUCUCGAGAUGCUGUGAAGUUUGGUCGAAUGUCAAAAAAGCAGAGGGACAGCCUGUAUGCGGAGGUGCAGAAACAUCGAAUGCAGCAGCAGCAGCGAGAUCAUCAGCAGCAGCCAGGAGAGGCAGAACCACUAACACCAACGUACAAUAUCACCACCAAUGGGUUAACAGAGCUACACGACGACCUCAGUAAUUACAUUGAUGGGCAUACCCCUGAAGGUAGCAAAGCAGACUCUGCAGUUAGCAGCUUCUACUUAGACAUACAACCUUCUCCAGAUCAGUCGGGUCUUGAUAUUAAUGGAAUCAAACCAGAACCAAUAUGUGACUACACACCAGCAUCGGGCUUCUUCCCUUAUUGUUCUUUUACAAAUGGGGAGACCUCUCCAACUGUGUCCAUGGCAGAAUUAGAACAUCUUGCACAGAAUAUUUCCAAGUCUCACAUGGAAACUUGCCAGUACUUGAGAGAGGAGCUACAGCAGAUAACAUGGCAGACUUUUCUGCAGGAAGAAAUUGAGAACUAUCAGAACAAGCAAAGGGAGGUAAUGUGGCAAUUAUGCGCAGUCAAAAUAACAGAAGCUAUACAGUAUGUAGUGGAAUUUGCCAAACGCAUUGAUGGCUUUAUGGAGCUGUGUCAAAAUGAUCAAAUUGUGCUUUUAAAAGCAGGGUCUUUAGAGGUUGUGUUCAUCAGAAUGUGCCGUGCCUUUGACUCCCAGAACAACACAGUCUACUUUGAUGGCAAGUAUGCUAGCCCAGAGGUUUUCAAGUCCUUAGGUUGUGAAGACUUCAUUAGUUUUGUGUUUGAAUUUGGAAAAAGUUUAUGUUCUAUGCACCUGACAGAAGAUGAGAUAGCUUUGUUUUCUGCAUUUGUUUUAAUGUCAGCAGAUCGUUCAUGGCUUCAGGAGAAGGUAAAAAUUGAAAAACUCCAACAGAAGAUCCAGCUAGCACUUCAGCAUGUCCUACAGAAGAACCACCGAGAAGAUGGAAUUCUAACAAAGUUAAUAUGCAAAGUGUCUACUUUAAGAGCACUGUGUGGACGACAUACAGAAAAGCUUAUCGCAUUUAAAGCAAUAUACCCAGACAUUGUACGACUUCAUUUUCCUCCACUUUACAAGGAGCUGUUCACUUCAGAAUUUGAGCCAGCAAUGCAAAUUGAUGGGUAAACGUAUCACCUAAGCACUUCUAGAAUGUCUGAAGUACAAACAUUAAAACAAAAGAAAGGAAAAGAUUAAAAAAAAAAAAGAGAAAAAAAAAGUAAAGAAAACCAAGACACUUUAUAUGGCCCUGCACAGACCUAGGGAGCCAACACACUGCACAUCUCUUGGCGGUCCGGGUCAGGCGAAGGAUGGGAAACAAUGAAACAAAGUUGAACUUGUUUUUCUCAUGCAUAUGAUUUCCAUUUUGCCUACAAAUAUGGACCCUUUUUCUGUCUCAACUUCUCAAUCCUUGACCUCUGUUUACACAGACUGAGGGUACUAGUAUCAGAAGGUUGCUUUCUCUCGUAGUUCACUGCCCAGACUUCUGACAGAACAAUCAAUUUGUUGAUCAGAACCAGAGAGUCCACCUAGUAAUCAGCGACUGGUGUGCAUUGCAGAGAUUUAAGCAUCAGUUUGCACAACUUGCUCAUUGUUUCAUGAAGGACGAUUUUUUUCACCUACCACUGUUUGCCAGUAGACAGAACGGCAUGAAAAGGGUCCAUAGCAAUAGCAACAAUAGCAUUAUAAUAUAUUACAGGGUAAAUGGGCAUGAAGACUAUAUAUAGCAAAAGAGAUAUUGUUUAUAUAUUGUUUUAAUUAAUAUAAAAUGUAGUUACUGGUAUAGCUUUUCUUGUUGAAUUGAUAAGGCACUUUCAUUUUGCACCUUUUUCUUUAAAUUAAAUGCUAGCGUGUUCAUUGUUGUGUUGCAUGUGCACCAGAAAUUCAAGUUUAACUGAAAAAGGUUUUUGGCAGGUACUGGUACAUUGGGAGGUAUUUAUGCUGCUGUUUUCCGUGUUACUUUUAAGGAGAGGCUGGUCAUAUCCUGAAAUGGUUACACAGAUUUUAAAAAAAAAAAGGAAAAAAGGAAGUUUUCUAAAUUAAAAUCAGACGUUCAACUGUUAAUUUAGCGAGUAUUUUUCAUUUCAAAUCUUUCAAAUCUGGAUGUUUAAAAUUACACGCCUAGAUUCUGAUUUAGGCACAGCAAAAGCCUCAUUUUCAAAGGUGCUGAGUUUCUGUGAUCAAAUUAAGCAAUUACAGAUCACUUACAGAUAGAAUAAUGUGUCAUCCUUGAAAAUCAAGCCAGUAAAGUGUACAUCUACCCACCAUAAAUCCAGAUUUGAAGGUAUUUACUCAAGUCUGUAUCUGCAGUAAAAGUAUGUGUGUGACAUGUAUGUGGAAAGCCCAUUUUUAUACAUAAUGUUACAUACUUUUGUACUCUGUAUUGUAAACAAUGCAUUCAAAACUCCAAACUCUAUCCUAUCAAAAUUCAUAGGUUUAAUUUUGUUUUAAGUGAGAUUAGAACCCAUGUUCUUCAAACAUCCAGCAGUUCUAUUUAAAGUAGCUGAAUGGAGUGCUGACCAUUGCUCUCAUUAUUUACAUACAUGCACUUUAAAGUUUAACAGAUGAGGGAAGACUAAUAGAAAGUACCAACUGUCUCUGAGUAAAUUUAGCAGGAUUAGAAAUUAAACCAAGUUCUGAAGGGAACAGAUCCACAGUGAACAAUAUCACAAAAUAAACUGUGACUGUUCGAGCCAGAGGUCUGUAAUUGAUUUGGAUGAGAUGAGGAAAUACAACCAGGAGGCUUGUAGGCCUGUGUGCCUGCAACUUUCUGAUGAAAUAUGUUGCAAGGGGAAAAAAAAAAAAAAAAAAAAAAAAAAGAAUGUGCUCCACUGCUUUAAUUUCCAAAAAUAAUAAAUCUGUUACAUUAGUCACUGAGAAGUAAUGCUGAACUGAAGAACAGAAGCACACUGAAGAGAGGUAGAAUUACGCUAGUAGUCUAAAACAGAAAGUUUUAUUCUAUGAUUUGGAAAUUUUACCUUUGGGAUCAAAUUGAGCCACAGAAGCACAACAUCUAUUAAAGUGUUUCAUCAUAGCGCUUGGCUCUCAUCCGUUUAUAUGGUUCAAAAUUGAGGAGAUGAACAUGGCAUCUCCGCCCUUCAAAGCAGCGUAGCCCUGGAGAACGGCACAGGAACACCUGCACCUCUGUGAGUACCUGGAUGGAGGCACGAGUGGGCUUGAGGAAGCCAGCCUCAUGCUGCUCCAUCCUGCUGCUCCAAGGAGGCAGCUCACAGCCCCGCACACUGACUGCAUUCUCGCUGAUAGACUUUUCCUAGAAUCAUUGUUUACUUUAUUGGAGUAGCUGGCAUGAUACGGUACUUUGAUUCCAAUAUGUGCUCCUAUUUUUAAAGCAGUCUUUUUAACAAACAGACGUUUUCGGAAUAUGACCAGCCCUAGGUGCUAGUCCUUUAAAGAUCAACUAAACUUAAUUUCAGUGUCAACUAAUGAAUAAUGAGGUAAGAUUCGUACUUUUUUAGAGAGUAAGAUACAGCUCCUACUUUUGACAAUAAGUAGACUACCAGGCAAAAUACUUUGGGAUUAAUUUUCAGUCACAUCCUUUACUUAUCUAUUCCUGAUUAAUAUUACUACUUUAGCAGGCCUGUAGAUACCAGUGGUUUUGUUUGGUAUCUAAUUCAGAGUAUUUACACCCUUAAGUCAUUGACAACACAGAAUUUUGGAGUAUUUAAUAAUAAAAUACGUAAGUGUAGAAGGGUUCCGCAUGGGGCCUUAGUUGAAAGCCUGUUGUAUCCAGGAUUGGCUUGUGACAUGAUCUUCCAUUCCAGGCUGUGCAGCACCUACGUGCUGUCAUUUUUGUCAAGGGGAGCCCCUGUGGACAACUAGCACCUUUUAAAAUCAGGCUGUGUGUACAUACCCCAGUAAGUCUGCCUUCCUGAACACAGCUAGCAGCCACUUGGCAAGAGACUAUUACUCGUUUCGUUUUGCUUGGCAUAGAGAGGGGAAAAGGGGAUACAGCAUGGCAGACAUACUGAAAAGACUGCGGUUGCCUAUGAGGCAAAGGGGAUGUCAAAUAGCCUCAGAGUGGCUGGUCAGAAUGGCUGCCAUGGAAGAACCUGGUGCAGCAGUGGAAAUGCACUCUGCAGAACCUCUGCGACUAUGGCCUGGUGUCAGACAAUCAACACAAUAUUCAGUUUAAAAAAGCAUAUUGGAAGUAAGUGGAUUCACACAAGUAUUUUCAUGAUCUGUCCAGCUGACAACAAACAAAAACGUGAGGACAGCUGAAGACAAAGUAGUACAUUGCCAUUGAAUGAUUGUACGCUAGAGUCUGCGAAGAGAUUUUCAUUGGGUUUUCAUCUUUCCACAGAGAUGUUCCUGGGCUUUCUAGAAAAGAGGUAGUACAGUAUACUGUCAUUUGAACUACCUUAAUACACCUCAACAUCUCUAACACUGAUUGACUCUUAAAAACAAUGGGAUUAGGAGAAAAGGGAGGCUGUUCUUAAGUUUGGUUGCUCUUUAUUAAAGCUUGUCUAUCUUAGUAUGGAUACCAAGAUCUCUGUGUGUGUAUGUGCACCUACCUGUGUGUGUGAGAGAGUAGCGUUGUGUGCGCACAUGGUGUAUGUGUGGGUGUGUGUGAGUGGCUGCUUCUAGGCUGGUAAGUGUCAAUGGAGAAAAAGAAAAUGUAUUCAAAAUACUUAAGUCAAAAAUAGAAGGUGAAAAAAAGAUUUAUUCUAUACAAAGCCUUGUCUGGACCACUUUAGAGAGACUUCUAUUUUUUUAACCCUUCUAUAAAUAUUUGAUGGCACUUGAAAUAUUCCUGCAAUAAAAUGUGAUUUGUGUAAACAUUAAAAAAAAAAAAAAAGAUUUUGUAAUGUGAAACAAUGAAAGAAAGUAAUGUAAUUUUUCUAAAAAACAGAAAAAAAAAACAAAUGAACGAACUUUGUAUUAUUUUCUUGAUGGAAUUUGUCUAUUUGUCUUUGGAAAACUUUUUAUUUCAUUGAAUGUGCCAUAGUAGAGGUGUGUGUUUCUUUUUCUUUUCUUCUCUUUUCUUUUUUUUUUCAUUUUUUACAUUGUAGAUUUAAGGAAUAGCUGUGUUCCGACAUUCCAAAAUGCAAGAUGACAUAGCAGUCAUGAUUAAAAGGUUUGAUUAGUAAGCUUCAAUCAUUGUUGCUUUUUUUGCACAUGUUCUUCAUUCCUCUACAGUGCAAUAUGUACAUAGAGCACUUGCGGGUGUAACCUUGAUCCCUCAGGGAAAAAUACAUAUUUGUACAGGAUUUUUUUUUUGCCUUUUUUUUUUUUUUUUUUUUUUUUUGCUAAGGAAUGUCGAUUGAAUCACUUGUCUGUUGUUGAGGGGCAGCCAGAUAAUAAUCCUAAACCACUGUCACAAAACUUUGAUUGUUUAAUAAUUUUGUGCCCUUUUAUUAUUUAAAAAGAAAAAUAAAAGUUAUUUUCUGACAGUUCUUUGUGCUGAUUGGUGAAAAAAAGGGUAAAUAUAUAAGCACCUUAUGAUUGACUUAACUGUGAAUGACAAUCCAUCUCGUUAUCAACAACAGAAGCCCUAUCGUUUUGGAGCUGGGGUUAAGAGUCAGAAACUAAUGUGCUCAGGGAUCUUCUAAAACUCUUCAACAGGGUGGCCAGUACUACUGGUGGGACAAAUUAUUUUAAAAAAAGAAAAAAGAAAAAAAAAAAAAGAAAAAAAAUGCGAGUAUUUCUUCCUUUCCCUUCUCCCUCUCCCCACAGGCACAAAAACUGGACAGAUUUCUUUUUAACCGAAUGCUCAAUGUGUGCCUCAUUCUGUGAUGCAGUCUUGCAGAAUAUCUGCUCAUUGGUCUUUAUUUUGUAAAAAACAAAAAUACUCCAAACGAUGCAAAGGUUUUGCAGUUGUACUUGAGGAAGGAAAUUAAUGCUGGCCCAUUAAUAGUUCACAACUGAAAUUUAAUUUAAACAACCUCUGGACGUUUUUAUAGCCAUUGGAGUGUUUUUCCAAAUUAAUUUCAAUGUUUUGCAAUAGAAAAUUGGUUUUCAGUAUUUAAAUGAUUGUCAAACGAAACAAAGGAGUUUAUGGUAGUACAAUAUGACUGGAAAGGCAGUUAUUAGAUUUUGCAAUAAUGUCAUAUAGACUAUGAGAACAACAAUAGUUUAGACCUUGUCUCUCACUGUCUCUUAUGCUUUGUGGUAUAGCAAAAAAAAAAAAGACUGGAAGGAAACAAAAAGACUGAAGUCAUUAUUGUAUCUUGUACAUCAAUUGCAGCAAUUUAAAAUGAUCACAACAGUUGCAAAAAACAGCGAAGUCUAGUAAGUGUCUAAGUGCCAAAUUUUGUGAUGCUGGGAGCCUAUCACAAUUAGUCUUGUUCUGUGACUUCACAUCCUUUUGAAAACGCAAGUAGGAAAUUAAAUAAGCAACUGUGUACAAAAUGAGCAAGAUUUCAAGACUUCAGUUAGAUCAGGAAGAGAGUGAAAUUCUCUGAAAAAUGAGUGAAAAACAUGGCUUUUUUCUUGCAAAAAAUAUCAGUUCUCCGGUAUCUUAGGUUGAGGUUUUGGAUUUUUUUUCCACUGGAUUUGUGGCUUCCAUUUGUUUAUGUUGCUAAUAAUUAGGGAAACCUUUCUCAAUAUUUCCCAAGCUGACACUCUAGCUUAGCUUGGAAUGGCCUUCUAAGGCAGAUGUUGCUUAGCAACUGUGACUCUUGAUCAGUUGGUGUCCUGGUAUCACCGCUACAAGAAAAUCCCCACUACUGUUGAUUCCCAACAGAAAGUAUCUUACACAUACUUGCUGAUCAAUGCAACAUACUGCUAAUUUGUGCAAUCUACAGAUAACUUUGUAGGGAGUGAUCCAAACGUGACAGUACCUUCUUUUGGGCUCUAAGGAUUGACACAGACAUUCCCCAGUCUGUACUUGAUGAACAAACAGGUUGCCAGUCCAAGCUGUAUAAACAAUGUAUGAUUUUUUCCUGCAAAUUCUUGAAGUCCCCAAGUAGAUAAAUUUAUUAAUACAAAUGUUAGAAACAACACUUACUAUCCAAUAUCCCAAAAUAAGAAGCAAUUUGCUCUUAGUAUUUAGCAUGAUCUGAAAUUCUACCUGUGCUAGCUGAUUUAGAUUGCAAAGAGGAAGCAUCUUUAUUUAUUUUUCUUAGCUGGAGAUCAGUAACUACUCAAAAUAGAUCUUCAUCAUUAAUGCUAACAUUACUUUAAAAGUUGCAUUCCAUGAAUAUAUUUGAAUUUUAACCUGCUAUUUUCUUUUUGCUUAAAUAUUCCUGUCAGUAAAUCAUUUGGUGGAAAUGAGGGCAAAUGUAUAAGGAUACCAAAUACAACAACAACAACAAGUUGAAAAUGAGUAUUUGUCAAAAAAUUGUUGCAGUAUGUGCUUUAAUCCUAGUACUGUGUUAAUAGCUCACUAAACAAUGCUAAGUCACUGGACUUGAGGGGAAGAAUAUCUAACAUGUAGGUUAAUAUACUGUCUAUUUUUGGAACUUUAUUCAGGUACUAAAUAGAACUUUAACAUCAAAAUAAAAGCUGUAUUCUACCUAUUUCAUAUGUAAUGUUGCUGUUUGUCUUCUUUUGUUGUUUUUUUUUUUUUUGCCUUU